AUGGGGUGCAUAUGCUCAAAAUCAUCCUCGAGAAAAGACAAAGUUGAUGAAUAUGAGAAAGAAAAAGAGUUGAACAAGUCUUCAGCACAAUUGGUUGCUCCUAUUGUGUCAACUGCUGAGUUCGAUGGUGGUAGCAUUAAGGGUUCAGUGCCCCGUUUGACUAAGGCAUGCUCACAAGUAAUUAGGGCGUCUAACCAAGUGCCAUCAGAGGACAAAAGCAACCAUUUAGAUGCCACCACAAAAAGCCAGCACAAGAAAUGCAUGACAAUGAGAUCUUGUGUAGGUGAAAGAAAGCCACUAAUGAGUAGAAUACUUAGCGUGCCACAUUUUGGAGGAGAACAUGUUGAUGCUGCAUGGCCAUCAUGGUUAUCUUCAGUGGCAGCAGAAGCCAUCAAAGGGUGGGUGCCUCGACGUGCAGACUCUUUUGAAAAAUUAGACCAAAUUGGACAAGGGGCUUAUAGCAGUGUGCAUAAGGCCCGCGACCUUGAGACUGGUAAAAUUGUGGCUUUGAAAAAGGUUCGCUUUUCGAGCACAGAAGCUGAAAGUGUCCGUUUCAUGGCAAGGGAAAUCUAUAUUUUGCGUCAACUUGACCAUCCUAAUGUCAUGAAGCUUGAGGGUAUUGUCACUUCAAGAACAUCCACCAGUUUGUACCUUGUUUUUGAAUACAUGGAGCAUGAUCUUGCUGGGUUAGCAGCAAUACAUGGUGUGAAGUUCACUGAACCACAGAUCAAAUGUUACAUGCAGCAAUUGCUUCGUGGGCUUGAACACUGUCAUAGUAGGGGUGUGUUGCACCGUGACAUCAAGGGUUCAAAUCUUCUGAUUGACCAAGAUGGAAAUCUUAAGAUUGGAGAUUUUGGUCUUGCAACAGUUUAUGAUCCUUCUAAAAAGCAGCCAUUAACUAGCCGUGUGGUGACUCUGUGGUAUAGGGCACCUGAGCUUUUGCUAGGUGCUACUGAGUAUGGAGCUGCAAUUGACUUGUGGAGUGCUGGUUGCAUUCUAGCAGAAUUGCAAGUGGGCAAGCCUAUCAUGCCAGGAAGAACAGAGGUGGAACAAGUGCACAAGAUUUUUAAACUUUGUGGUUCUCCAUCUGAAGAUUAUUGGCAGAGAACAAAAUUUCCUCAUGCAACAAGUUUUAAGCCACAACAACCUUAUAACCGCAAAGUUGCUGAUACAUUUAAAAAAAUUUCUCCUGCGGCAUUAGCUCUUGUUGAUAAGCUUCUUGCAAUACAACCAGAAGAUCGAGGAUCCGCAACUUCCGCACUUAACAGUGAGUUCUUCACUACAAACCCCUUACCUUGUGAUCCAUCGAGUUUACCGAAAUUUCCACCAAGCAAGGAGUUUGAUGCCAGGCGUCGAGAAAAGGAAUCUGUGAGGAAAAAUACUGAAGCUAUUAAAGGACGUGGACCAGUAUCUGUUUUAAGAGGAACAGGAGAUACCAAAGUACUAGAAACACCAGAAUAUAAUGCUAAGGGAGAUAUAUUCGUGCAGGCCAAGUCAAAUACAAAAGGGUCUCGUCUUAAAUAUCAAUCCGAAGAGGAUGGUGGAUCUCAUGGCAAGGGUGAGCCAAGCAGGAUUAGUCUACAAAAUGACUAUGAACAUUCUACUUCAUUGAUGUUCAAUAGUACCACAGGACCAUCCUCAUUGAGUAAGAAACCAGAAUCAACAAUAAUGAAUUCACAGUUGCGGACACAGAGGUCUCAUCUAAAUCAUGCAGCAGCAGAUUUAUCUAUAUCUUCAGUUAAAAAGGAACCAGGAAUGUCUGCUAUAGAACCCGUGAUGGGUUUUGUGCCAAAGAGAAAUAGGAUCCACUGCUCUGGACCAUUGGUGCCUCCAGGUGGGAACAUUGAUGACAUGUUGAAGGAGCAUGAACGAUUAAUGCAAGAUGUUUUCCGUAGUGUAAAGAAGGCCAAUCCGGAAAGCCAAAGUAAACGCCAUUAA